GUGCCGGUCACGUGGUGUCAGGGCGGCUGCCCCCCCCGGCCGGUCCGGCCAGCGGCGAGCCGCGGUGAUGGAGGCGGGAGCUGCCGCCGAGACGGAGCCGCUGCUGCCCCCGCGGAGCUGGCGGGCGGCGGGGGGCGCCGCCGGAGCUGCCGAGGACCUCCGCAUCGACCAGGCCGUGGUGUUUAUCGAGGACGCGAUACAAUAUCGAUCCAUAAAUCACCGUGUGGACUCUAAAUCACUGUGGCUGUAUCGCUGGUAUUAUUCAAGAAUUUGCCAGUGGAUUUUGAGCUUCACCAUUACCAUAAUCCUGGCGUUGGCUUUCAUUGAAACACCCUCCUCGCUUACUGUCACAUCAGAUGUGAGGUACCGCCUUCCUGCGUGGGAUCCUCCGUGCGGCCUGACCGAAAGCAUUGAGCUGCUGUGCUUCCUGGUCUUUGUGAUCGAUGUGUCUGUGAAGAGUUACUUAAUUGGAUGGGAAGAAUUUUGGAAAAAUAAAUGGCUGAUGGCUUAUAUCCUGACGUUAAUUAUUUCCCUUACUGAUUGGGUUGUGUCGCUGAGCUUUUUCUGCACAGAGACUGUAAGAAUAAGAAGAAUUCUUCGUCCUUUCUUUCUCCUUCAGAAUUCUUCGAUGAUGAAGAAAACAUUGAAAAGUAUCAACAGCACAUUGCCUGAAAUGGCAAGUGUUGUUCUACUGCUCGCUGUUCAUCUGUCUCUCUUUACCAUGUUUGCCAUGCUGCUGUUUGCUCGAACAAAGGAUGGUCAACAGGAUAAGGAGUGGGUGGGUUACUUUCGGAAUUUGCCAGAUUCCCUGACAUCACUGCUGGUCCUGCUGACUACAGCAAAUAACCCUGAUGUAAUGAUUCCUGCUUAUUCUAAGAACCGAGCAUAUUCCAUCUUCUUCAUACUCUUCACUGUAUUAGGUAACUUAUUUCUGAUGAACCUACUUACAGCAAUAAUCUACAACCAGUUUCGUGGGUACCUUCUGAAAUCCGUUCAGUCCUCCCUCUUCAGAAGACGGCUGGGAAUCCGGGCUGCAUUUGAAGUGCUUUCUUCCCUAAAAGAGACUCCUGCUAAUGCAGAACAGUCGUAUGUUAGUGCUGGAGCCUUGCUUCAAGUGCUGCAGAAAGUUGAAAUGGAUUCUCGCAGCAGGCAAGCAAUCAUGAUGUCACUCAAAAUAUGCUCCUGUGACCAGCUGUCAGUUGCCCAGUUCCAGUGGCUCUUUGAAGAGCUAGACAAGGAUGCCAUUAAACAACAUCCUCCCAGUCCAGAAUACCGAUCCCAUUUCAUGCGGAAAAUGCAGUUUGCCUUUGGCCAUCCCUACUUUGGCUACUUGGGAAAUGUUGUUGCCCUUGCAAACAUUGUUUCUAUCUGUGUGGUUUUGGUGUUGGAUGCAGAUAAGCAGCCUUCUGAAAGAGAUGACUUCUUCUUGGGGACUAUCAACUGCUUCUUCAUCAUAUACUAUCUGAUGGAAAUGUUGUUGAAAAUCUUGGCAAUGGGCUUGAAAAGAUAUUUAUCAUACCCGAGCAAUAGGUUUGAUGGACUUCUAACUACAAUUUUGCUGGUUUUGGAGAUUGCAACUUUUGCUGAAUAUGGAUUUCCUCAUCCUGGUUGGAGACCAGAGUUUGUGGGCCUGCUAUCCCUGUGGGAUAUGGUGCGACUGGUGAACAUGUUAAUCGUGUUCAGGUUCCUGCGGAUCAUUCCUAAUAUGAAGUUCAUGUCUUUGGUUGUUACUACGUUGCUGGACCUGGUAAAAAACUUGAGAGCCUUUGCAGGAAUCCUGGUGGUGGUUUUCUAUGCAUUUGCUAUAACUGGCAUAAUGCUGUUUAAAGGUGCUGUGGUUCCUCUGGGAAAUGUCAGUCUUGUUAAUACAACGUAUAACAAUGGCACUUUGCAGUGUGGGACCUAUGAGCAACUGGAAUAUUGGCCAAACAACUUUGAUGACUUUGCUGCAGCGUUAGUGACUCUUUGGGAUGUGAUGGUAGUGAACAACUGGCAAGUCUUUUUGGAAGCAUUUUCGAGAUACUCAAGUCCGUGGGCAAAGAUCUAUUUUGUAGCCUGGUGGUUGAUCUCCUCUGUCAUAUGGGUUAAUCUCUUCAUAGCUUUACUUCUAGAGAACUUCAUUCACAAGUGGGACCGUCGCUGUCAUCGGGAGUCCCUCUCAGAUGUUGAAUACCAGAGGACAGUAGAACUAAUGUUCAGAGAUGUUUUGGAAGAACCAACAGAGGAAGAGCUGAUGGAAAAGCUGCACCAACAUCCACACCUGCACUUAUGUAGGUGACUGGUGGGAAGGAUGGACUUAUUUAGACCUCUGUUUUUUGAGGUUGUCAGCUGGAAGAAAUAGAAUGGAUUUUCUGUGAGGUGCUGCUGGGAGAGGCUUGCAAGGCGAUAUGUAAGGCUUUGCUUGUCAAUUCUCUGCCGAAAGAAUGUUUUUAAUUGUUCAUAUUUGAAUCCUUGCUAUUCCAACUUGAUUUUAAGUUGCAAUUUUAGAGGAGUAUUGCAGCUAUUAUUUUUAUAAACUGUUGGUAUCAGAAAGUUUUAUUUUCUUUUUUAAGAAGGGAAAGUGUGUUAAAAGGACAGUGCACUUUAAAAUAUGGACUCUGUAACCACUAA